AUGGCAAAGAAAAAGGUUAAAUCAACUGGGCUAUUAAAGAGACCAAGAACUAUUACAGGGAAAAGUUUGUCAACUAUACCGAAAAGUUUGAAACCCCAACACACAAGACAAAUUAUACGAAGAUUUCAUAUCCUACAGAAAAAUCGUCACUCCAUACUCGCCAGACUUAGAAAGCUUAACAAAGAAAUCGACAUUGAUACUUAUAAGGAUCAACUCAAUGAUAAUGAAAAGGUGAUAUAUACAGAAUAUUUUGAAAAAUUUGUACUUCCCAAAAAUUAUUCCGAACUUGAAGUUUAUAAAAUCGAUGAUUCACUUAGUGACCGAGAUCUCAUUAAGACAUUGGCAAGAAUAGAUGCUGAGAUUAAACAGAGAGGUGGCAUAGAAGCAUACCAAUCCGCCUCUACACAGGGGCAGACCACAAAAAGAGGAGGUGACUCCUCUAAGAGAUUAAUCGAUUGGCUUCAAGAAGAGCCAUAUUCAAAGAAACUAUCGAACAUAAACGCAUUAGAAAUUGGAUGUCUAAGUCCAUACAAUGUAAUUUCCACUAGUGGAAUAUUUCAUGACAUAGUUCGAAUAGACUUAAACUCACAAGAUCCAUUAAUUAUUGAAGAGAAUUUCAUGGAAAGACCAUUACCCAAGAAUAAUGAAGAACGGUUUAAUCUUAUAUCAUGUUCAUUGGUGAUAAAUUUUGUACCUUCACAUCAAGAAAGAGGUGAAAUGUUGAUCAGAAUGACAAAAUUUUUAAAGAAACCAAUUAAUGGAUGUAUGAGUAGUUUAUUUUUGGUAUUGCCACUUCCAUGUAUAACCAAUUCGCGAUAUUUUGAUAAUAAACUAUUACUUGAGAUUAUGAGUUCAUUAGGAUUUGAAAAGACAUGUUAUUAUGAAGCAAAAAAAGUGGCAUAUUGGUUAUUUGAUUGGAAUGGUAAACUGGAGGGAAUAAAUAAAAGAAUGAAAUUCCCUAAAAAGAAUAUGUACGCUGGAUCAUCAAGAAAUAACUUUUGUAUUACAAUUGAAUAG